CUUUUAAUUCAAAAAUUCUAUAUAAUUUUAAUAAAAACUAAAUUUUCUUAAUAAAAAAGAAAUUUGUUAAAAAAAAUAUAAAAAAUACAUAUAUUUGUAAAAACUAACUAAAAAUAUAGUGACAGAAAUACAACUUACAUAAGUUGUGUUUUAAAGAAAACAAAAAAACAGAAAAAAAUCUAGCGUUUAACUUUUCAUCUUCCUUUUACAAAAAGUUUUUGCAAAAAAGCCGUCAAACUGUGGGGUUCCGGGGCCUUUUUCCUUCCUCCACAAGGAAUGUAUUAUCCGGUAAGCUAUUUAAGCUACAAACACAAAAAAACGUUAAACUGACACUAAAUUGCUGCAUUUAAAGCACAUGGUGCAGGCUAGUGUUGCGCCAUAUCCAGGCGCACCGACUGGCUAUCCACCAGCAGCGGCUCAAGUACAAGCAACUACAGAUGGUUUAACCAUGUCUGUGGGUACUGUCAAAAAUGAUACUCUAGCACAGAUUAAAUCUGAAGGUUCAGCUGCUGCAGCCGCCGCCGCUGCUGCUGCUGUAGCUGCUAAUAAUACAGGUGCCAAUAAUACAAAUGCUGCUGGUAUGGCUGCUACAAACGCUGCCGCUCAAAUGUAUUUGCAACAGAAAAAGAAUAAUCUGGCAACAACACACAAUGCAUUACAAUACGUGAAUGGUGGCAACAAUAACAAUUUAUCCGCAAAUCCACAAACAGCUCAAGGUAUUGCCGGAAAUGUUGCUGCUGUUGCUGCAACAACUACAACAGUUCCAGCAACUGUCACAACAGUAUUAGGUUUAAAUUCACAACAUCAACAACAACAACACCAGCAACAGCAACAAACUGUUACACCUCAUACAGCUGCCUCAAUGAAUGGCCUAAAUCUGGCAACAGCAACAACAAAUAGUUUAACAAAUGGCACCGUUAUCGGUAACAGUGGAGUAGGAGGUGGCGGAGGCUUAAUAGUAGACAAUAAAAGACUACAACAAAGCCUGCAACAAAAUCAAAAUCAUUUUCAUCAUCAUAAUACAAACAUCAACAGCCAUCACCACCACCAACACCACAAUCAUCAGCAGCAACAGCAUCAUCAUACGAAUAAUACCCACCAACAGCAGCAACAACUGCCGCACCAUCAUCAUCUUCAGUGCAAACCAUCGCAACAACAACAACAGCAGCAGCUGCAACAGCAACAAAAUAAUGUCAGCCUAUCUUCAGUAUUGGUGAAAAGUGACAUUGAUACCACACAGUCAAUAGCCAGUAAUGCCGGUGGCGGUUCUGGUGGUGGAGGUGGUAUAGUAACAGCAUCUUCCACAUUAUCCUCAACAACCACCGCUUCAUCAUCCGCUGCUGCCGCAGCUGCAGCAGCCGCUAAUAAUAAUAAUAAUGUAUCCUCAAGCCAAAGUCAAGCCAUCAAUGGCACCACAAAUACACUCGCUACCGCAGGCGGUACAGCUACAGAUGCCAAUAGUAAUCUUAGUAAUAAUAACAACAGCACUAACAACAACAGCAACAACAACAUUAGCACAACGAAUGGCAUCUCAUCAUCCACUAGCAAUGGAGAAUUACUAACACCCACUCAGCAACAACAGCAGCAACAGCAACAACAACAACAAUUAAUAGCCGCUAUUAGUCAACAUCAACAACAGCAGCUACAGCAACUAACAACAGCCGGCAACGUGAUUGCUGCCACCUCCGUAACAGCCACAUCAGCUGCCACUGGUCUUUUACCGGCCGUUAUGUCAACACCAAAUCAAGCUGGCAUUGUUAAUACCUCAUCGAUAAUGACAUCAAUGGUGGCUGCUGGUGGUGUUUUAGCUCCAUCAUCGAGUACAGCUCAAGUGAUGGCAAAUUUAAAUGCUGCCGCAGCUGCUGGCAUUAUGACAUCGGCUACACCAAAUACACCUGUGGCAACUAGUCUAUCAAACGCUCUAGUCCCUCUGCAACAUCAACAACAACAGCAAACUACAUGUACCACCGUUGCAACAAUAAAUUCUUCAAAUGAUGCCAAAAAUACACCAAAACGUUUGCACGUUUCAAAUAUACCCUUCCGUUUUCGUGAUCCCGAUCUAAGAGCCAUGUUUGGGCAAUUUGGCACCAUACUUGAUGUCGAAAUUAUAUUCAAUGAACGUGGCAGCAAGGGAUUUGGUUUUGUAACAUUCGCUAACAGCAAUGAUGCGGAACGAGCACGUGAACGUCUACAUGGUACCGUGGUUGAGGGACGUAAAAUAGAGGUCAAUAAUGCAACGGCACGUGUACAAACCAAAAAAGUGACCACCGUUCCAAAUGUUGUACUGACAAAAGAUGGUGCCAUACCGGCUCCAGCUCUAGUUUGUGUACAAUGGCCUGAAGCUGCUGUAGCCGCUGCUGCUAUGCGCGGUGUGGCCAUACAACGUGGACAUGUCGGUGUCGUUGGUGCUCCCUUCAAUCCAGCUUUAGCUGCUGCUGUAGCUGCUCAACAACAGCAACAACGUCAUGCAGCUGCAGUCGCCGCCGUUGCUGCUCACCAGCAGCACCAACAGCAACAACAACACUUGGGUUUACAGCAGGCUCUACAGGCACAAUCUAAUGCUAAUGCAGCAAAUGCUGCUGCAGCCGCCGCCAUGCAACCCAGUGCUCAACAACAAUUACAAACCCUCGCUCAAACGGCCACAGCACAAACUGCUCCGUCGGCUGCUGCAGUAGCCUAUGCAGCUCGUCUUUCCACCGCUCCACCAGCUCAACCCACAGCCGCCUCAAUGGCUGCAGCUGCCAAUGCAGCAGCUGCUAAUGCCGCGGCAGCUGGUACCACAUUGCAUGGAUAUGCACCUGUUUACUUUGAUCCCUACUUAGCAGCCGCUGCAGCUCAAGCUGAUCCCAAUUUACGUUUUCAGGCAGCGAAACCGGUCACAGAAGUUCCAGCAGCACAGCCAGCCGCAAUUAUAAAUCGCCGCACUGUGACAACGCUAAACAGUAACCCACAUACGAUCAACCGCAUACCGGUACCACAGAAUGUUUUGGCUACUGGUCCUCUGUUAAAGACACCCUUGUCUCAGGCUCAACAAGCUUAUGCUACAGCUGCAACUACAUAUACUGCUGUGGCAGCUAGAGCAGCUUAUGGUGCUGCAGCUGCUGCAGCAGCUCAGCCAGCUUUGGCUGGUUAUGCCACCGUUGCGGGCUAUGCCCGAGAAUAUGCUGAUCCUUAUUUAGGACAUGGUAUUGGUCCUGUUCCCGGCUAUGGGGCAACUAUGUAUCGUGGAGGAUUCAAUCGUUUUACGCCAUAUUAAAUUUUCAAUAAAAUGUAUCAUCAUUGAAAAUAUCAACAUAUAAUUUUCAAAAUACUCAUCAAUUUUAUUGAAAAAAAAAAAUUACAAAACAACAUUUUCAAAUACUCAUCAACAUCAACACAGGGGUUGCAAAGAUUAAAAAAAAAAACAAAAAUCUUUAAAAAAUAAUGCUCAAUUUAAAAAGAAAUGAUAAAAUACUCAUUUAAAAAUAAACACAUAAUUUAAAUAAAAUAAACCAAACAUUUUUAUAUAAAAAGAAACAAAAACACACGUUUAAAGUGCGUUGUUGUAUUAAGAAAGAUAUUUAUAUAAAGAAAAGCAGAAGUCUCAAAAGAAUUUUAGUAAGAUUUAUUAAAAAUGAAACAUGAAAAAAAUGGAAAUUAUAUAUUUAGAUUACAAAACAGUUAAGAAAAAAAAUACAAGUAGUUUUGUUCAAAUUCAAUGUCGUCCAGCAAA